AUGUCGGAGCCACCGCCAAACAAUGGCUUCGUGGGUCGCGUCCGCGGCGCGUCGCUAUCAAUCAUCAAUGCCAAUCCGCAGCUGGGCAUGUGGCAAGCCACCGGCACAGCCAUCGCACAAGCCCCCAAUCUCACUGAACUCCGCGACGCAGAAUCUGGCGGCGAUAAGAUCGAAUUCAAUGCCCAAGGCCACUCUACGCGCUACGCUGUGCCUGAGCCAGACGGCGAGCUCACGCUGGUGAGGACAGCGACGCUCACUCGCAGACCUAGUGUGAUCCCAAAGCUUGACAAGGAUCCUUUCAUCGAGGAGCCGGUCGCAAUUCCUGAGGAAGUUGACGUGGAGCAGGGAUCGCUGAGGGAAGAUACUAUCACCGAGGCACCUGAGGAACGCCAUCAUCAUCAUCAUUUUCAUCUGCGCGAAAAGCAUCGACAGCGGCUGGAGCGACGGAAAAGUCUGUAUGAGAAACACAAGGCUGACGAGAAGGAGAAAUGGGGACCGACGAUCAUGAACGGCCUCAAGGCGUUUUGGAAAUUCUUUCUCACGCCAUCUGGCUUCCUUAUCACGCUGUAUGGUCUGAAUAUUGUGGCAUGGGGCGCAAUGCUCUUCUUCCUCCUCCUCAAUGUUGCGCCAGCCAUGAACCAUCCCAGCGCCAACGACAACAACUCAGCGCGCAAGAAAUGGCUCGAGAUAGACAGUCAGAUCCUCAACGCCCUCUUCUGCGUCACAGGCUUCGGCCUAGCCCCGUGGCGCUUCCGUGACUGGUACCGCUACACCCGCGCAGUCUUCUGGAAGGAUGUCCCUGCCAUGCAGAAGCUCACAGAACAAAACAAGGCUUGGUUUCGACCUCCUGCCUGGGCGACGGAACAGAACACAAGCCCGGCUGAUUCGACUACUACUCUUCCCGGCUCGACCACGUUUACCGGCGAGAAGGCGCCUCCGACACCGCUUUGGAAAUUGGGCUUCACUAUCUAUAUGAUGGUGCUGAAUACAUUCCUACAAGCUGUUUUGUGCUAUUUCAUGUGGGGGUACAAUCGCAUUGAUCGUCCCAGCUGGGCUACUGGCACUUUCAUCGGCCUUGGUUGCGGCACAGGUCUGUUGGCUGGUCUGAUGUCGUGGUGGGAGGGCCGCAAGGUCAAGAAGAUCGAAGGCCCCGAGGUUAAAGUCGUCGCUGUAUGA